AUGAUAGCAGCUUUGACAGUGGAUUUUGGUAAACUUGAAGCAUGGGUGGCCAUGAAGUUCCUUGUUUUUUCCAAGGUAAAGGAAAAGGCAGAAAUCCAAGGCAAGAUAAAGGAAAUCAUGAAGAAUGGUUGCCCAUCUUACUCCAUAGUGAAAAACUGGGUGUCAAGGUUUCAUACUAGUCACUUUGAGGUCACAGAUGAACCCUGGUCAGGAUGGCCAACUUCCACGACCACAGAGGACAAAGCCGAUGCUGUGCACAUCAUGAUUCUCGAGAACCACUGGAUUUCUGCUAGAGUCAUAGGUGAGACCCUGGGAAUUUCUUGCGUAAAUGUUGGCCAUAUCAUCCAGAACAUUCUGGACAUGAGAAAGCUUUCCUCAAAAUGGCUGCUGAAAUGCCAGAAUGCAGAUCAGCAGUGCUUCAGAGGGAUGACAUCAAAGGCAAUUUGGGGCCAGUUUUCAGUGGGAGAGGCUGAUUUAAAGGCUCAUUUAAUCACCAUGGAUGAGACUUGGCUUCAUCAUUAUGAUCCCCAGACCAAGUAG